AUGUCUUCCAAUUGUAAGUUACCACUGUGUUUGACAUUCUUUUCCUUCUUUCUGUCUCUUGGUGGUUCUUUCAAGGCAGUAAUAACCAAAGAGGAAGCAGAUGGAACAACAGAGGCAACGGCUUGUCUGUUUUGGAUUCUCAAUUGGACAGUAACUUUGAUACCCUUGAAAGCUUUGGUGGCUUUAGCAAUAUCUUCACCGACCUUCUUUGGAGAUAAACCCAAUGGACCAAUCUUUGGAGCCAAAGCAGCGGAAGCACCGACUUCACCACCAACAGCUCUCAAGUAUAAAAAUUUAACUUCAUUUGGAUCAAAUUUUGGAGGCAUCUUGACUUCUGAAUGA